ACCUGCAGUCAAUGUAAGUUAAUUAUGCUAAUUUCGUGACCGUUACAGAAUUUAGACACGAUGAUUUAGUGACAAGGAACUGCAACAAAAAAAUGCUCCUGCGCUAAACCCAACACUGCAGUUGAAUCAUCUUACUUCUUGGAUAACACGCAUAACUUCCAUAAAACCAGGGCCUAACGGCCCUGCAUAAAACAUGUACGCGACCGAGAGUUUUAUUUUGGAAAAUUCUCCGGAACUCUUGAAAACCCUGUCACUGAUAGCAUAAUAGCAAAGCUAGCUUACAGAAGUGCCUACCUGCUCCUGCUGAAAACUACAAAGUCAUCAUGGCUGUGUUGUGGUGCAAACUGUGAGAACUAAGGCCAAGAUGAUGAACGACAUCAUAGAGGAACCAGAGAAGGACACCCUGCUGGAAGCGCAGCCGGAGCCACAAGUUUUGUCGGGGCCCAGUAGUGGCACAAGACCUAAGACCGCAGAUGGAGGGAUCAGGCCUGUGGAGAAAAGAGGACCUUACAUCAUGUCCAGAGCUCCGGCAAUCCACCUCAAACUACAGAAACACAGGGAGAUGGCGAGGAAAGCCCUGAAGAAGAAAGCCCUCUCACCAGGACCUCCAGUGAUGCAUCAGCCCAGACAAGGAGCUAAGAGGAUGGUGAAAUACAAUAAGGGCUACGCUGCGUUGAGUCAGCAUGCUGAGGACUCUUUGGUUGCUCUGGAUUCAGACAGUGAUGAAGAGAUUGAUUUCGAGCAGUAUUCCUCAGGAUACUCUUCAGCUGAGGUCCAUCCUGAUUUAAGCAGGCAGCUGCUUCAGGACGGCUACCGUCUGGAUGAGAUCCCCGAUGACGAGGACCUGGACCUGAUUCCGCCCAAAGCCUUGGGCUCCUCUGUGUGCUGCUGCUCUGAGGGCCCAUCCUGCUCCACACAGUGAUGCCGUGUGAGGCUCCAACUCCUGUCCCUGACUUUAGUUACUGGUGUCCGAGGCCUUCUUUCUGACUGAGCUCCACUGCUGUGCUGCCUAAGGACUUCCAGCCCUGAAGCCAAACUAACGUUCAUGCAGGACUGCGUGCACAGAGAUGCCUCAGCCUACAUGAAAACGCGGGUGGACGUAAGAACAAGCCUUAUCCACUGUGACCCCAAAGCUUGACAUGGUUUUUUUCUUUAUAUAGAACUACAUGAAAUGCUAACUAUGCCAGUGCUCCAAAUAGAGUGGCAGAGUAAUUCAUCAUUUGGGAUAUGUCCUCAUUGACCCAGUGGAGAGUGGGCUGCUGUCUUUUUUUUCACUCUGGUAUUCUGUUUUAAAGUUCUGGGCAAAUUUGAAUUUUCCAGUUAUUAACUAACUGCUAUAUGAAAGCUUCUCACUAGACCGUUGACAUUCCUUGACUAAUGUUGCAUUAACUGCUUGUUUUUUGUUUUAUUUUGUUUUGCUCUUCCUCAAAAAUGAUAUUUGAGUUGUAUUCCAAAAUGACGUGCCCACUGCUGGGGCGGGUGUAAGAAAUCCAACAAAAAUAACAAGUUAAAGGAUUUGUUUGUUUGGUUUUUUUAACUGUGAAGCAGAGCACUGAAUUAAAACAAGUAUUUAUCAGAAGGGAGUGAUUACAUUUUACAAGUUGUCAGUGAGCAACUGCUACAUCCCAAGAAGGACUCACUUAUCUAUAGAGGAUAUACUGUACUGAGGGAAAAGCAUUAUGAAAAGUUGUCCUACGAAGUUAUCCACUAUUUGAAAGAGUAACACCUACACUUACCAAAUGUUAGACUACAGUAUGUCGCACAAAAUGGAAGCAGGUGACAUUGUCUAACCAAUUACAUUUGAUUAGACUCUGUAUUGUAGAAAUAAGUUUCAUUCCAGUAACCAGAAUAUCCACCAAAAAAGCUGUUACAAAAAGGUUAUAGGCAUAAAAGCAAAAUCCCAUCCCAUAUACGUCAUUUAAAGACAUUUGUUUAUGUGGUUAGAUGUGUAUACGUUUAUCAUUUAAAUUCUAUUUUUUCAUAAAUAUGCUUCACAAAACAAUCUGGGAGGGAUACGAAGAAUUGAAAAAUAGAUUUAUGUCGAUUUUUUUUGCCAAGACCUAUAUGUAGCAUUUUGGAUUAGAACCCUGUCCAGGAUUUGAUAUAACUCUCAAAACACGCAUCAGUGUGUGUGUUGACUGCAGAUCAUUUUUGUAUUUAUUUAUUUAUUUAGAAUAUUGUUUGGGAACACUAAAAAUAGAUGUUACAGGUUAAAAGCAGUAAACUAGAUUUGCAUAAUUGUAAAAUGAAUUAACAUACAUAAGUUUAAACUAUGUCUAAUAUGAUAUCUAUAAUUUUCUGUUUGUGUUAUGAUGCGUCGGUUGUUUCCUACACAAUAGACACACGUGUGCUGAAAAUGGCAAUGUUUACUCUAAAAAAAAUUUUUUUUUCUUUUUUCCACUUUUAAAAAUGUAUCUGUUCACUCAUGUUGGUUCAUAUUUUUCUGUUAAUCGUUGGUCUUUAUUUUGAAAUAGUGAAUUAACAAAAAAUAUUCAGUAUCAGAGCAAGUGACCGUGAUCACUUUCUCAGGAGAUCUUAUGUGAGUGUGCAACUAGAAAGUAAUUUGCCUUUUCACAUACAUUGUAAAAUAAAAUUGCACAUCUGUUUAAGUGCAUAGAGGUUUUAAGUCAGGAUAAGUGUAUGGCUGCGGUUUUACUUACCUGCAGACCACACAGGCGUAACUCUCAGUCAUAUAAAUAAAUGGUAUAGCAGACCACUUGAGCACCAUAAAGAAGUCAAGGACAAAAGGAAAAAGAGUGUGGCAUUUUGUGCUAGAAAAAGGAGGAGCCGUGAUUAGUACUUCACAGAAUUGGUAUUAAUUCAGCAAUUAAAAAUCAGGAAGUGGAUUUUAUUAAACCGUUUGCAAUGAAAAUGCUAGGUGUUGGAAAUAUUACUUAAUUAACACGAGUAAUGUACACUGUCUCCUCACAGCGGUCCAUGGUUGUAAUGUGGGUGACUUAGCGUAAUAGUAGAAACAGCUUUUAUUCCUAAGUGUGAGGUAAAUGCUUUAAAUGUAACAGCUGAUUUUAAAGUGUACUGACUCCGGCCCUGGCUCUGCACGAUGUUUUUAUGUAAACUAAUAUUGCACUUAACACCAGUGGUCAGUAGCAAGUACACUUGACUCACCUGUACUAUGCAACUAUUGGGACAAUCUGCUUGUUAUACAACAUUGUGACUAAGUGUUAUUGAGUGCUAAAUGCAAUAACUUAAAUUGUUAUUUUAUAAUGUUCAACUCUAGUCUUUUUUUAAUUUGAUUGUACUGUUUAUGGGUUUACAUUAUUAAAUAAACCUGUUAUCUAUACUUU